CUCGAACCAACCACCAACAACCUCGUAUUCAGCAGCUUGUUAGCUGAGUACCUGACUCAUUACUGUGCCAGGGGCAAGCGGAUUGAUGAAUCCUCUGCGCGCGGGGAAGACAGGAUUCAAGAACUUAGCAGUUGGGAUGUUUUAUAAAACACAGACUGCCUAGGUGAAAGCGGCACCCCCCUACGUAUCUCUCUAUCCCCAGCCCAAUAUCGAUAUAUCAAACUAGCAUGGGCUUGGUAUCGUUCAAACUGCAAAUAAACCCAUUUCUUGUAUACUAAGUUGAUCUACAUGAGCUUAAUUUUUGGGACCAAAACCGCACGCCGUAUUUUACUUUUAAAGCCUCCUCCCAUCGUCAUGGCUCCGAGACGCUCAGCUCGAGUUAGCGCAAUAACGCAGGAGGCGGCGCUGGAGAAGAAUAGUACUAGUAUACAGAACCAAGCUUCAACAAAGGCAAAGCGGACCCCGAAGGCCGACAUCACUGCGAAGAAAUCUACAAAGACAAUCUCAAAGCGAACUGGUGGGACGGGCAAGAAAGUAUCUGUAUCAAAAGCUGCUGCAGCCGCCGCCGCCGCAGCAGCAGCAGAAAAAGACACCCCCUUACCACCGACAGAUACGAAUCCCACCUUCAAUACACCCGACAUACCACCCCCAUCGACCCCGAAACGGACACGGACAUAUCCAAACAACAAAGCCAACCCAGCCCUCGACCGCCCCAUCGACCCGCAUUUCACCACCGCAACCCUCCUCACCCCGCGCGGCAGCCAUCUAACCGCCUACCCCGCGAACCCAGAGGAUGCCUCCCCUUCCAAAACAGGCCUACCACGCCCCACCACCACGACAGGAACACUGUUGGAAGAAGCCGUCGCCCAUCUAAUAAAGGUAGCUCCGCAAUUACGCCCCGUCAUCGAGAAGCAUCCGUGCCCGCUGUUCUCCCCCGCAGGCCUGGCCGAGGAGAUCGACCCGUUCAAUUCGCUAGUUAGUGGCAUUAUUGGCCAGCAGGUAUCUGGGGCGGCGGCAAAGAGUAUCAAGAAGAAAUUCAUGGCGUUGUUUCGUAGUGAUGGUGGUGGUGGUGGUGAUUGCAAUUCUAUUAACAACGCUACGGCUACGAUUGCCACUACUGUCAUUAAUGAUGGCGGUGCAGCAACCAAGAAUAAUAAUAACAUGGAUGCAGGAGAGAAAAUAGAAACCGCAGAAAUGCGCUACGAUCGAGAUGACGAUUUCCCCACCCCCGCGCAGGUCGCCAAAUGCGAUAUCGCAACGCUACGCACGGCAGGCCUGUCGCAGCGCAAGGCGGAGUAUAUCCAGGGGUUGGCGGAGAAGUUUGCUAGCGGCGAGCUGAGUGCGCGGAUGCUGCUGCAGGCGAGCGAUGAAGAGGUUCUAGAGAAGCUGAUUGCAGUCCGCGGGUUGGGGAAGUGGUCUGUGGAGAUGUUCUCGUGCUUUGGGCUGAAGAGGAUGGAUGUGUUUUCGACGGGGGAUUUGGGGGUUCAGCGAGGAAUGGCUGCGUUUGUCGGCCGCGACGUUAGCAAGCUUAAAGCGAAAGGUGGUGGGAAGUUCAAGUACAUGUCUGAGAAGGAGAUGGUGGAGGUUGCUGCACCAUUCUCGCCGUACCGGAGUCUUUUCAUGUGGUAUAUGUGGCGCAUUGAGGAUGUGGAUGUCACUGUCAUGCAGUGAACUUGGGGAUGGGUGGGUUGUAAGAUAAGGAAAGGAAUGGUUUGUAUUGCAAUUGCUUUUGGUUCUUGGGCUGCACUGACAUUUUUGGUAUUCGGGCUGCGCGGGAUACCUAUUUUGCGAUAUACUGGACAUUUUAUACAUUAUAUAUACAUGUCUAUAUACUUCUCAUGAUAUUGUUAAAAUACAGCUAUCAUUAUCACACUUGAUUUUUUUUUUUUAUUAAUAGUUGCUUGCAAAAGAAAACGCAUCCCAUUCCAUCUAUGAAAGUAUAGUAGAUCUGUACAGUACAAUAGUAACAGUGGCUGUUAUUCUCCAAUAUAACAUUCCAC